GUUCCGCUGCGUACACACUUGGAGCAGGCGCGGAGAAGUUCAAAAAGCCUAGGAAAAUGGAAAUUGCCUUUUGACCCAAACAUACAGCAAGACUACAAUGCUGACUUUACCAUUUGAGGAGCCCGUAAUGAUGGAUGCUCAGUUUGUGGCAAACUUUCCACGGGACUGUGUGGGUGAAAUGAAAGUCAAUAAACAUGAUACCUUUAAAAAGGAGGAGAUGCUCUCACAUACAGAUAUUAAAACCAUGGAAGAUGAUGAAUCGGAAAAAGAUGAUGAUGAGAGAGAUGAAGGCCAAGACGAAAAUGGUCUGCCACGGAGGAGAGGCCCGCGGAAAAAGAAAAUGACCAAAGACCGGAUAGACAGGGUUAAGCUCAGGAGGAUGGAGGCAAACGCAAGGGAGAGGAACAGAAUGCAUGGUCUUAACAACGCCCUGGAUAGUCUGCGAAAGGUGGUGCCUUGUUACUCUAAAACUCAGAAACUGUCGAAAAUCGAAACCCUGCGACUUGCGAAAAACUACAUCUGGGCCCUUUCGGAGAUCUUGAGCACCGGCAAGAGGCCAGACCUUUUGACCUUCGUUCAGACAUUGUGCAAGGGAUUGUCCCAGCCUACGACCAAUUUAGUCGCUGGCUGUCUCCAACUGAAUGCCAGGAACUUCAUCACUGAUCACAACGGGGAGGCGUCUUUCUCUGGCAGAUCUCCAUACGACUCCAUGUACCCAGCCUACCAUAGCCCCGAUGAGGUGACGCCCUCUGGGCAUGGCAGCAGUACUGUGGACAACGUUAAACCCUUCAGGCCAUAUAGCUACUGCAGUGCAUAUGAAUCAUUCUACGAGAGUACUUCUCCAGAAUGCUCAAGCCCUCAGUUUGACGGUCCACUAAGCCCCCCGCUUAACUUUAAUGGCAUAUUUUCCCUAAAGCAUGAGGACCCUGCUGAUUAUGGUAAGAGCUGCCACUAUGGUAUGCGCUACUGCGCGGUGCCAACCCGCUCCUCUCUCAGCCAGAAUGCAAUGUCGAGGGGAUCCUCUGACAUCCAUUUCCCCUAUGACAUUCAUCUCCGCGGUCAGUUUUACCCCAUGCAAGAUGAAUUAAACACGACUUUUCAUAAUUAAUGAGUGAAAGUCAAAUGUGACCAACCCUUUUGCAGGGUAAUUACUGAAAAUAACGAACUUAACCCACACUUGUAUUAUUUAUACCGUUCUGCAUUAUGGGCUUUUGGUUACAGGCCAGCUAAUAUUUUAUGUAUUCGGUUUAAAUGAAUAGAGCAUUUGCUUAACACAAACAUUUUUAGUGUGGAAUAUUCUUGAAAAACAAAAAUAAUGCAUUUGUUUAGUUUCAUUAAUAUUUCAAUCCCACAAAAUGUUAAAUAAUUCUAAUAUCGCAAUGUUGAUGUAACUCAAAAUAUAGGAUAUCAAUUAUUACGACAUUUACUGUCUGUACAAUAUGUUAUUUAACCUUUGUAGCGUCCAGUAAAGCUGUCCAAUUUUCAUCGCAUUUAUGCAAACCGCUGCCCAUGCGUCCCGUAUAAAUGCAUGGCCAUUCAUUCCGAAAUUAAUUAUAAAAUACAAAAAAAACAAAAAAACAGGAGAGCAAUAAAUGCAAAGGGAACUAUGCAACACACAUCGUCCUUUUGCAAGUCAAAGUCUAUGAUAAACCCAACUAGGCCUGCAUUUCUUAAAGUAGCCUAAUCAUCUGCGUUUUUAAAUGUUUGCUAGGUAUGCCAGUUAAUAGUGGGAUUAUACUGCUGCCAGUUUUAUUUAUGUAUGUAUAUUGAUUUGCCUUUCAGAGUUUAUUUUACUGAUAUUAAUACAUUAGGUUGUGUCGAAUAAAGUGUGAUUUUCAUUAUGUUCGUUUUUUCAUGUUUGAGACGUUAAAUAUGCGAACGAUAGAAUAAAUGGAUUGAUUUGAUAUCCUUAACGAUUAACUUUAUUAUAUAUAAUUAUAUAUCCCUUAAAAACAAUUUUUCAAGAAUUCUGAAUUAUGUUCCGAAAUCAUGUAUUUGUCUGUAUUUCUUUGACCUUCAAUAUUUGGAACAUGGACAAUCUCAUUUAUGACAGGUGUUAGUCAUAACAAAUUCGCACUUAAAAGUUUUCUAAGCCUAUAAACUGCACACAAAAAAGCAAACGUUUUUGCCCAGAUCUUGAAAUAAAGAAGACCUUGGAAGGUUUACACUUUGUUAAUGUGAGUACAUUAUGCAAUUGUUUGACUUUUCUUUUUUUUUUAAUUGUACAGUUAGUUGAUAUGAUGGUGAAGAUUUUGCGCACAGCCUCGAAACAAUCAUGUGUACAAAUAUAUUUACAUUUUUUAAAAUUAAAGCAUGUAAUAUAUUUGAUGGAAAGGUCUGUGUCAUGUAUAGUGAAAUCAUGCCAUGGGAAUUCCUUGCCUUAAUGAUAUAUAGCUGGCACCCAUCAGUUAUGCAAUGUAAUGAAUGUCUUCAGUGGUGGAUUCGUACAUCUUUCUCAAAACAGUAUGAUGAGAGGUUUUGUGCAAACGUAACGGAAUGCACUAAAACUGGUCUUGUGCAGAUUUGUACACUGUCAUUAAGUUGUUUUGUAAAGCAAAAUAAACAUCAAUUCAAUACUGUAA